UCAUUGAUACCAAACCCCAACAUGACCCCACCAAUCUCCUCUCCCAUUCCCAAAGUCAAAAUCUUUACAACAGUACAGCCCUCACAACCAGCUGGCUCAAACAGCCUGAAGAACUUGUAGAUCAGUCUAUUAGCAAUCCUGUGGCUACCUGCAAGCUUAGCUUUUAAUGUCCUCGUGGAUGAAUGCAUGCAAGGAUAUUUCCGAGAAGGAGAAAUUUGCAAACCCUGUCUCUCUGAAUGUAAAGAAUGUAAUGAAAUCUCCAGUUGAUCAGCUUGAGAAGACUACAUGUUUAUGAAUUCGACUAAUAGUCUUUGAGAGAAAUGUCCCAUUGGAACCUAUUAUGGAGCUACUGGAGGUACUUGUAAAAGUUGAGAAGGAAGCUGUGAAGGACCAUGUAAAGCUCAGCUGAGUUGUAUUACCUGACCUCUUGGAGAAAUUUUGAAUUUGAGCACUUUGAAGUGAGAUACGAGCUGUAAUGGAGUGGUGCUUGAGUCUGAUAUUUUGAAUUUACCUCCGUACUGUAAACCAUUUGGUGUUGAUGGCGUUUCGAUGGAGUAUUAUAUAGACCCUCAAAGCUCUCAGCCACUUGAGCUAGGAACUCUAGAGUAUCCUUAUCGCUCUUUCAAAGCAGCUAACCUUGAAAUCACCUCUUUUUUCAGCCACUCAAUAGCUGCGAUCACCAUCUUUACAAAAUCUGCUUACCUUCAAGAUAACACAAAUUACUACAUCAAUAUGACGGCUGUAGGGAUCCUUCCUCACCCUCAGUUAGUUUUGUUAGGCCAAGUUCCUACACUAAUCCCCACUGCAGUAAAGCAGCACACUACACACAAGAGAGCCUUGUUCCACUUACUUAAUACAACUUUUGUAAACUUGGAAAUGUCCACCCAGAUGGCUAUCAACAAUGGAGACUUCGGUGACUACGAAGAAGCUAUACUCAAACAAGAUAAAGUCACUGUCCUUCCACUCAGAACCAGUUUUAUACUCCAGAACAUCAACAUUUACAGAGAAGAGACUCAGCCAGACGAAGUUCUCUGGUUCAUGAUAUUAGGAAAUUUACAGGAAAAGUUUAUAAACAUAAAAAAUAUCAACCUGAACAUUACUGGAAGCUUCAUUGAGACACACCGGGCAGCAAACAUUGUAAUCGAAAACAUCAAGGCUGAUUUGGUGAGGCAAGACAUUCUAUACAGAUCUUCGGAUUUGUCAUGAAAUGACCCAGACUCCUUCCUUACCCCAACAGUAGUGUUUAGCAAUUUCUCAUUUGUGAACUCUAAUGUUAAUAAUGGAAGAGCUCCAAAAGAUGUUCUGAGAUUGAACGAAGUUGGAAAUACAACUGCAGUAAACAUUGAUUGUAGAAAUCAUUUCACUGAUUUGACUAGAGUUGGGGGUUGAGUUGGAUCACUAUUGAACCCUUCUUGCCUUCCAGAUGACUCUCAGCUUCAAGCCAUACAGGCUAUCAAUGUGACUAUUGACAAUAUCUCUUCAAAUAGGAGAUUUAUUACUGGAAAUGCUAUAAAUGCUGACAUUGCUCAUUAUAGAAAUGUAUUCAUUAAUAUCCAGGGCUUCAAGGCUCAAGAUAUUAACAUUAAUUCUCCAUUCCCUCUUUUCGGAGUUAUUGCAACUUAUCAUGACGCUAUGAUUCUUCAGGAUUCUGAAAUACGAAAUGCUAUCAGCACUCAAUUCCUUACAGGUGGGGUUGCUUUAGGCAAUUUUACAUCUUUGAACAAUGUAUUCAGAGACAUUGAUGGAGGUAUUGCGCCUCCGAUGAUGAGUAGAUAUUGAUAUCUGACAAAUUUACAAAAAUUUAAGCUGGUAAACUACACUUCCUCCAUUUCUGCAACGAUUCCAUUGUUGUAUAUUUCUCCAUUCGAUUUUUCACAUUUAUCUAUCGAUGAAAUACACAUAGAAGAUUGAAACUUUGCAAAUGUUGGUUUUAUUGCUAUUGACCUUCGGCCUUCAACUCUCCAGAUAACCAAUGGGUAUUUUAAGAACACCGAACUUGGCAUGACGAAAGAGUUCUUUAGAGUUUCUAAUGUCGGGAAUUUUCUAUUCUCCAAUCACACAAUUAUUGACUGAAGCUCGAUCGACCAAGAUAGCUUUUCUUUCCUUCUUAAAAUAGGCCUAUUGAAUCUAAAUGAAGCUGAUGGAAUAUUAGUUGAGGAUAUAAUUUUUUUUAACUCAUCUAUCUCCUUGAUAGAUGUAGGGACACUCUAUCAAACUCUUACUCAUCCCAAGACUUUUAUAGUCAAAGAUAUUACUUACUCAAAUUGAUCGAUCCCUCAUUCUAAUGCCUUAAUAUCGACUCAAGGGCAUAUUACUAAUGAAAGUUAUACCAUCAACUUUUUGAAUAUUGCUUUUACUAAUAUUGUAUUCCAAGGUAAAGGAACUCUCAUUAAUUUCGGCCAUCAGCUCACAGAUCCUAUAUUGGUUGCAAACUUGACGAUUGUGGGAGUCAGCUCUUGAAAAAUCAAUGUUGAGUCAUUCUACCAAACCUUGGAUACUCUCAAGACCAGAGUGAACAUACAAGGAAUGGUCUCAGACAGAGUUUUCACAAUGUCUCAACCCUUUAUCAGAACAUACAUAGGAGGAGUAUUGAAUAUUACGCUUGCCUCAUUCACUAAUACUGAGAGUCUGAAUGUAAAUUCUGGAAUUUUUAGUACAUUAUCCGACUCAGUUGUGUCUCUUCAAAAUGCUGUAUUUCAAAACAACUCAGGUAUCUCAGCAAUAUUAUUCAAAAUUAGUGAUAAAUCGCGUCUGAUUUGAAGGAACUGCACAAUCGCCAACAACUUUGCAUUAUCAAAAGCAAUUGUCUCCACUGAGACAGAUGGAAGUUUUGAGUUUAUAUCAAGUAAUAUUUCCCAAAACUAUGCACUGGAAAACUCUAUUGGAGAAGUAUUCGGACUUCUAAAGACCUCUAUCAUUGAAUCUAGCAAUAUCUUUGAGAAUCUUGCCAUAUCUAAGAGUGCAUUUGAUACAGAACUGAUAAGCUGAGAGAAGCUAUGAUUCCUUGGCCCACACUUUCUUCAAUAUUUGCUGAAUCUUAACACAACUUCUUUAACUUUUUCGAAUGUUGCGAUUCAGGUUCUUUACGGAACACUUGAGAUUCGUGAGUCUACUCAGAUCUACAAUCAACAAAAAUUCAUAAAUGCUUUCACAUCUACUGUUAGAAUUAUUGACAGUUCGAUAUCUCAAAUAGUCCUUGAAAGAAGCAACAUCGAUAUUAUUUUUUCUGAAUUGAUUUUAUCCAAUGUCACAAUGAGCAACAUUAUUAAUCCCUUAGAAACUGAGUUUAUCUUGGUUACAUCAGAGAGCAAGCUCCAUGUGACAAACACAACUUUCAAGAGCUCCCAUUCCUCGUUGUUCUCUAUCCAGUCAUCUGGAGUUGAGCUCAUCUCUGAUCUUAAAUUUGUCAAUGUGAGCAAUGUAAACUCUCUGAUCAAAGUAAUUGGGGCUACACAUUUUACAGCAGAUAAAGUUAUUUUAAACCAGUCUAUUGCAACAGAUCAGCUACUCGAGUUUAAUGAUGCUCAUAACAUCUCAAUUAAAUCUAUUGAGGUCUCUGAUAUGAAUGUCCCCCUGAUUAAAGCUAUUGGUUCUUCUUUUCUUCUGUUGCAAGAUAUUAUGAUCAGAAACAGCACCAAAUCUCUCGAUCUCAACCAAUGUGUUGUUGUAAAGAUGACCCGAUGAAAUUUUCAAGAUAAUGGAAACAAUUCUACUUCUAGUGGAGGAGCCAUUCGAUUGCUCAACAGUAAUAUAACAAUAGAUAAUUCUCUAUUUAUUAGAAAUCAUGCUAUUCAAGGAGGAGCUAUUUCGUUCUCAUGAAUUUCUAAAAAUAAUUGAUAUCUUGAUGUACAAAAUUCAACUUUUUCGAUGAACAUUGCCAGCAAAUUAGGAGGAGCUAUUUACUACGAUUAUACGCCUCCCAACAAAACUGAUGUUGUAUUCCUGAAUAACUCAGCACCCUAUGGCCAAGAUUUAGCAAGCUAUCCUUUCAGAAUUGGGCUACUUGGAAGUACGCAAGAUGGAGAUAUUAAGCUUGACAGCAUUGGAUCAGGAAUUGUCAUAGAGCCUCCUCUAAAAUUAGCAUUGUUUGACUACGAUAAUCAGAUCAUGAACCAAGACAGCUCUAGUCAGUUAAUAAUUACAUCUGCGGAUCUGAGCAAAGGAACCAUUAGUGGCACUAAUGUUGAUAUUGUCAAAAACGGAGUAGCUACAUUUGACGAAGUGAAAGCAACGGCUACUCCAGGAUCUACUUCUAUAAAAUUCAAGGUAUCUUCCAAGAUCUUUGAUAAGAAUAAGCUUUCAGAUGUGUUCAACAAAUCUUCGGGGGAUACUAACAUAAUAAUUAAUUUCAGAUACUGAAAGCCCGGAGAACAACAAAUAGGAGGCACAUGUUCAGAAUGUAACACUGGAACCUAUUCUUUAAACUGGAAUUCCACUUCAUGCUAUAAGUGCAUAGAUAAUGCUCAGUGUAAUGGAGGCAAUAAUGUGGAAGUCAAGUCUGGAUACUGGAGAAGACUUCAUAACUCAUCAACUGUUGUUGAGUGUUUGUAUGGCAAAGCUUGAAAAGGAGGAUUCCUUGCUAAUUCUACCUCUCCAGUGCAAUGAGAUCGUGGUUAUGGAGGUCCAAUGUGAUCUCAAUGAGAAAUCAUUGAUGGAGCUAAAUAUGAGAAAACCAAUGAGUUCCAGUGAGCAAAAUGCCCAAAUCCUCUGGUCAAUGCUUUCAGAGUCUUUGGAUUGAUGAUUCUGGUAUUUUUGUAUUUCAUGGCUCUGAUUGUUUUAAAUGUCAGAAAGACCAAAGAGAGUCAAAUGUCUGUACUAUUAAGAAUACUGACUAAUUACAUGCAGCUGAUUACUACAUCCAUGUCAAUGUCUUUGAGCUACCCAAGCUUUUUAGAUUCUUUCACUGGACCAUUAAAAAGAAUGGGUGGUUCAUCAGACACUUUCUUAUCUUUUGACUGAUUUGUCACAGAUUAUGAGAUAAAGGGUCCAUUCCAAAAAAACUCUGUGUUCAAACUGUUCUUGCUGAUAUUUUUACCGCUUGCUUUGUUCUUUGUCAUCUCUUUAAUCUGGGUGGUUAUUUACCUGAUCAAGAGAAGAUGGAUGAAAAAUAUCCAAAGGAACCUAACAAUCUCUUUUAUUAGUGUAGUAUUUCUGCUCCAUCCUAGGUUGACUCAAGCAGGAAUCAAUAUUUGGAGAUGAGUCAAAAUUGAUGAAGAUGUCGAAGUGGCAAGAUUUGAUAUGAGUUUUGAGUGAUACUCUGCCCAACAUUUGAAGUAUUGAUUCACAAUUGGACUUCCAAUCUUGCUUUUCUGGUCGAUUCUAACUCCACUUGUUGCUUUUAUACUGUUGUGCAAGAACAGACAAGCAACUGAAGAGAACAAAGUUAGGAAGUAUUUUUUGGUUCUGUAUCAGGGACUAACUCCAGAAUGAUAUUACUGGGAGUUUGUGAACACUGUCAGAAAAUCACUUGUGUUGGCAUUACUUGUUCUGCCUGAGACUACAAGAAUAACUCUGAGUUCCAUAAUUCUGCUGUUAUCGGGAAGAAUUCAAUUGAACUUGAAGCCCUAUAAGAAAGAUGAGAAUAACCAAGUUGAGUUCCUUGCAAUUUCUGCAGGAGCCAUUACAAUUCUGUCUGGAAUUGUGUUCUCAGAGAAAAAUCCAGUUGAAUCCCUAAAUACACUCACACUAUUCAUUAUUAUUGGUUUAAAUAUAUUUUUCUUGCUUAGCUGGUUGUAUUUACUAGCACAAGAAUUUUCAGAAAAAUCAAAGAUAGCUACAAAGAUCUCCACAAUUUUGGCAUGUCUCAUCUGACUGAGACAAAAGAAGACCUCUGCUAUUGAAAAGGAACCAAAAGAGACUGUGAAAGCCAAAGAGAAUGUACAGGAUCCUCCAGUACCAGCAUUGAUCCAACAUCCCGAAGAUCAUAACACCACAACUCUUUUUGUCCGCAGAAGAAGGGUCGUAAGAAAAUUCAGAAAGCGUCGUAGAAAAGUUGUCAAAAGAGUCACAGGUAAUAGACAAAAGUCAAAUAAAAGGGAAUCUCAGAAGGAAUCAAUGUCAAACCUAAUCCAACCAGACCCCAACAACCUGCUUCCCCAAGACAGCUCCUCAUGCCAUCUAUCCGACAUCUCAAAUUCAGAAAUGCCCUUCCAUGCUGGCAUGAGGCCUCAGGCCAGAAGAGUCAAUUUUGGAAUAAAUUCAGGAGAUUUAGAACAGAAUGAGAGUGAGAGAUAAUAACCUUCUACGACAUA